UUUAAUAUCUCUCGUGUCUGUGAGGUAACAUGAGGCUGUACUGUGCAGCUGAUUGAUUCCAGACUUUAGCUUUAGCAUUUAGCUUCAGCCUCUCACAUCGCUGCUGAGCUCCGUCAAGCGUGCAGCUGCCGACCGGAGCCACUGACGUCUGCGGGACCAGAGACGGCAGGGAGCGGCCAACCAGCGCACUACAGCACCGGAAGCGGAGCAGCAGGGAGAUGGAGGAGGAGAAGAAGCAGAGGAGUCUCCUCCGGGAGGCGUCGCAUCAGAUCAUCGCCGGAGGAUCCGCAGGUUUGGUGGAGAUCUGCCUGAUGCAUCCCCUCGAUGUGGUGAAGACCAGAUUCCAGAUCCAGACGUCAACCAGUGACCCCAACAGCUACAAGGGCCUGAGCGAUUGCUUCCGCACCAUCAUCCGUAAUGAAGGCAUCUUUGGCUUCUACAAGGGAAUCCUGCCUCCGAUUGUGGCCGAGACACCAAAGAGAGCAGUCAAGUUUUUCACUUUUGAACAAUACAAGAAGUUGCUGAACUUGACUCCUCUGUCUCCUGGUUUGGCGCUGUCUGUAGCCGGGCUCGGCGCAGGCCUGACCGAGGCUGUCGUCGUCAAUCCGUUCGAGGUGGUGAAAGUCAGUCUCCAGGCCAACAGAGAUACGUUCAAAGAGCAACCCUCCUCAUUUGCUCAAGCCAGACGCAUCAUUAACUCGGACGGCUUUGGACUGAGGGGUCUGAAUAAAGGAUUAACAUCAACACUCGGACGCCAUGGAGUCUUCAACAUGAUCUACUUUGGCUUCUACUUCAAUGUCAAGGAUGCUAUUCCUACCAGCCCGGACCCGACCCUUGAGUUCAUGAGGAAGUUUACCAUCGGCCUCGUGUCCGGGACCAUCUCCUCCUGCGUGAACAUCCCCUUCGACGUGGCCAAGAGCCGCAUCCAAGGCCCGCAGCCGGUGCCAGGAGAGAUCAAGUAUCGCACCUGCUUCCAGACCAUGGCCCUCGUGUCCCGGGAGGAGGGAUACUUGGCUCUGUACAAGGGGCUGGUGCCCAAGAUAAUGAGGCUUGGACCAGGUGGAGCAGUGAUGCUGCUGGUGUAUGAAUACGUGUCCGGUUGGCUUCAGAAGAACUGGUAACAAAAACAAGAAGGGAAAAACAAACCACCAGGAGUGCCUUUUCUGGAUUGUGCCUCAAUCCCAAUACGGUUACCUGAUUCCAGUAACAUGAGACCAAAUGAGUUCAUCUUUGUUCAACUAUACAAUACACAGUACUGUUAUUAAAAACGCCAAAAUCAACAUUCCAGUCAGCCCUAGAAAGCAGCUUUCGAAGGAGAACCCCACAUCCAAGUCAUUUUAUCAGAAAUUAAUUCAAAACAGCUGCAAUAUUUCAAAACUGCCUGAAAAACACAUUUCAUUUUGAAACCAGUUCCGGUGUCAAUCGGUUUUAAGGCCCUGAAAACCAGUAUUUUCCCUUCUCCUCUAAUGAUGUUCAACAGCGAGCACAAUGUUUUUUAUAUAUUUAGUUUUGCUCUAUUUCCUCUCACUGGUUUUGAGUGUAUGUCACAUGCCUCUCUGAGCCAAUCACACUGAAGCAAUAUUUCAUUCAAAAUCUGAUGACAGUUGAGGAGUUGAAUGCUUAUGUUGCAAGUUCUGUCGAUGGAAUCAGCUCAAACCAAAUCCUUGUUGUGCUGAUGAAGCAGAUUGUGUCUUUGUGAGUUUAAAAAGCAUAAUAAUAAAUGUAGAUUGUUGCUUAUUUUGUCAUGAAUACUACAAGAAAUCAGGCUUUCAAGGGUUUAGCUGUUAAAACCAUUCUGCCAACACCCAACAGUCCCAUUAGAUAUGAGUCCAAGAAGCGUGUCGGAUUUAUUUCAUGAGAUUUCAUUGAUUAUUUUUAGGGAAAUCUGAGAAAACGGGAAAAAUAUUAAAGAAAUUAUUUGUUAUCUACCUUCCAAAACUGGUCCCAGUAUAGAGGGCUUGAUUAUAUAUCAUCAUUAUACAGCUGCACAUGUUAUUUGACCAAACUGGAGCCUCCACUGAGCCUCGUGUACCUGAGUCAUCUGCUCGUGAAGGAGCAACAGUUCAGCAACAGUUCACCAUGCACUCAUACAUACUCUCUGUACGUACACUUCGUCAUGUACAUCAAAUAUACAAGACCGAGCACGUAUACUGUGAUCACAACCAUUGUACUGAGCCUCACUGCGUAUUGCAAACAAACCAAAUAUAUCCACAGUAGUGCCUUUAGUCAGGAUGUAUGGGUAUAGAAAAGUGAUUGUGUGUUCAGGCCUGUUGCUGAGCUACUUGUAUUGCCUGACUGAUAUUUUAAUGAAUCAUCUAUAAAUUGCGUAAAUGUUUUUUUUAUUAUCUCAAUUUAGAAUAGAAUUUGUUCACAGUUACUUGCAUGUAUUGGUAACAAAUAAUAAAAACAAAGAUUGAAAUCAGA